AUGGGACUCAAUUCUCCGCGUCUAAAAGAAUGGGUUACGCAAUGCAAUGGGAGAAUCUUCCUCGGGCGAAAACGUGAGACACUGGAGGUCUACGGUCCUUGGGUAGGAGAAUUGGUCCUCGGCAAGAUUUAUGCUCCUGCAGCUCUUACAAAAGGAGCCGCCAUCUUCAACAACCCUCUAUACAACAAGGCACUUGCCCAGCUAUGUGUGCACGGUAUUGGCAAGAAAGGUCAUUCAACGGGCCUGGCACAAGUCAACGCACACAACAUCAAGACGUGUAAUGAGUGUCAGAAAGGAGACUUUAUCACGCUUGGCUACUACCUACCUUUCGGCGCCGUCUACCUAUUCCUCCCCCCAGGAUUUGGCAUCGAUGCUGAAGGGCACGUGGUUGACAAGAACGAUAUCGACUUAAAAUAUACAGAAUUGCUCAUCAUGAGGUCUUCGUUUCCGCCUGCCGAAGAUACGUUCGUCGCGUUUAUGGCGUGCAUCUUUCGAAACGGAAAAGGGCAGAUUCGGCUACCAGUAUACGCUCGGUUGUUUGCGCCUUCUCUCUAA